UAGAGGAUGCUGUUCGUUUCUCUUUUUUUUUCCCCCUUUUAACAGGAGUUGCCGAUCCAAAGGCCUGGCUCAGGAGUGAUCCUGUGCCACCUGUACCAUCAAGAUCAAGAUCAAGAUUGUGUGUUUUGUUGUCUGUGUCUGUUGGAGCGUCCGCGUGCUGCGUGGUGGUCAGUGGUCAGGUCACGCUGAGUGUGCGGCAGCUUGCGCCUGUGUCUGAGCUGGCCUGGGUCACCUGUGGUCACGUGCGGAGUGGCGGCGCCUCCCUGGGCUCACCUGAGGGCGUGCAGAACAGACGCGGUGAAAGAGCAAGGCCAGACUGGCAAGUCCUGUCCAUUGUGCCCCAGAGCGUCUCAGAUCAGUGGCUGGCAAGUCCUCCCAUCCUCUCUGCCCCAGAGCCCCUCAGGUGCAAGGUCGGUGUGCAUCCUUGGUGCAGCCCCAGGGUUCCUGCAGGACCAGCCACGGCCAGGAGCAGCGUUGCAAUGGAGGGUGCGAGGCCAGGCAGCAGCAGCAGCAGUAGUAACAGCCUGGAGCAGCAGGUGACCCAAGGCGGGAGGACCUACACUUGUGACCACUGCGGCAAAGUGUGCUCCACCAAGGCUGCCAUUGCCAGACACGUCCUCUCCCAUGCCAGCAAGACAAGGCUGAGAGGCAGGAGUGGUUCCGCUGAACACACUACCACCCACACUGGUGGCAGGAACCACAAGUGUGACCUCUGCGGGAAGACAUUUGUCCGGAAGAGUCAUCUUGCCUCACACAUCCUCACCCACACUGGGGAGAGAAAGUUCCAGUGCCUGGAGUGUGGGAAAAGAUUUACCCAGAAGAGUUCCCUUAACACACACAUCCUCACCCACAAUGGGGAGAGAAAGUUCCAGUGCCAGGAGUGUGGGAAAAGAUUUACCCAGAAGGGUUCCCUUGACACACACAUCCUCACCCACACUGGGGCGAGAAAGUUCCAGUGCCUGGAGUGUGGGAAAAGAUUUACCCAGAAGAGUUCCCUUAACACACACAUCCUCACCCACACUGGGGAGAGAAAGUUCCAGUGCCUGGAGUAUGGGAAAAGAUUUACCCAGAAGGGUUCCCUUGACACACACAUCCUCACCCACACUGGGGAGAGAAAGUUCCAGUGCGUGGAGUGUGGGAAAAGAUUUACCCACAAAAGUUAUCUUAACAAACACAUCCUCACCCACACUGGGGAGAAAAAGUUCCAGUGCGUGGAGUGUGGGAAAAGAUUUACCCACAAAAGUUAUCUUAACAAACACAUCCUCACCCACACUGGGGAGAGAAAGUUCCAGUGCCUGGAGUGUGGGAAAAGAUUUACCCACAAAAGUGAUCUUAAAAGACACAUCCUCACCCACACUGGGGAGAGAAAGUUCCAGUGCCUGGAGUGUGGGACAAGAUUUACCCGGAAGGGUUCCCUUGACACACACAUCCUCACCCACACUGGGGAGAGAAAGUUCCAGUGCCUGGAGUGUGGGAAAAGAUUUACCCACAAAAGUUAUCUUAACAAACACAUCCUCACCCACACUGGGGAGAGAAAGUUCCAGUGCCUGGAGUGUGGGAAAAGAUUUACCCACAAAAGUAAUCUUAACAAACACAUCCUCACCCACACUGGGGAAAAAAAGUUCCAGUGCCUGGAGUGUGGGAAAAGAUUUACCCACAAAAGUGAUCUUAACAGACACAUCCUCACCCACACUGGGGAGAGAAAGUUCCAGUGCCUGGAGUGUGGGAAAAGAUUUCCCCGGAAGGGUUCCCUUGACACACACAUCCUCACCCACACUGGGGAGAGAAAGUUCCAGUGCCUGGAGUGUGGGAAAAGAUUUCCCCGGAAGGGUUCCCUUGACACACACAUCCUCACCCACACUGGGGAGAGAAAGUUCCAGUGUCUGGAGUGUGGGAAAAGAUUUACCUGGAAGGGUACUCUUGACAGACACAUCCUCACCCACACUGGAAAGAAGAAGAGAAAACAGCCAAAAUCAUAGCUGUUGCAGUCCCCGGUGACUCCCGCCUCAGUAGAGCUGAAAGGCACAAAACUACAAAAUAUCACGACCUAAAAAGUGACCUGGGAACAACAUGGUCGCCGAUGGACACCGGUAUAAUACCAGUGGUGGUGUGGGCGACAGGGCUAAUGAAGAAAACCUGGAGAGCUGCCUGGAGGCAAUCCCCAGUCGCCCAAGUGCCCACGAGGUACACACAGCUGCGGUCAAGGGAACGGUCGCCACGCUGAACAGAGCCCUCGGAUGCAAUGGCGGCGCUGCUGAGGGUGUGACCGCUAACACCAGGCUUGGGGCCCAUUGCACUCACCAGACAACAAAACAGGAAGGUGCAGAAAACGGGGAGAGAAAGUUCCCGUGCCUGCAGUGUGGGAAAGAUUUACCCACAAAGGUAAUCUUAACACACACAUCCUCACCCACACUGGGGCUUGUACAAACUCAGUGCACCCUGAGUGUAGGAAGACAGAAGGAAGCAGAAACCGAAGGAUCUUCUCUGAACCACCCUGGAGAGAGAAACUGCAGCAGAGGAUCACCCAUCAAAGAGAAGAAAUCUGGCAGAUAACAAGCUUCCUGCAAGACCAAAACCACACAAGGAACCUCCUCAAGAAAACAGACAGAAUGACAGGAAGGCGCAGCGCAAGCAAUGGCCGGCCGGGCGGAAGACAGGCAGGGGCCGAGCCCCGGCCGAAGCCUUGGCACAUGAAAUGAGGACAAAGACAAGAAAAUAAAGGCCAGAAAGAUGAAGAGGCAGCUUGCAGAAAAGCCAGGGGUGGUGUGCAGACACAUGGCAAAGACCUCAAUAGAAGUACAAGACCCACCCGAGAAAGAAGUGGCCGAGGGAUGCUGGAGGCCACUGCUGGAAGACCCCACGCAGCAUCAGGCAGCCCCUGGGAUACAGACCACCACGGUUAAACACACAAGUAAACAACAACAAUGCCAGCUGUUCAACUUACACAGGAAGGUCUGCUGAGAAAGAGAGUGAGUCAAUGCAGCAAGUUUGAGGCUCCAGGUGUAGACAAAGCCCCAAGUUUUGGGUCAGAAAGAUUACACGAGUGCACCAUUCCAUGCACUCGUUUGUACCAGACUACAGAAAGGAAAAGAGGAGCCCCCACAAUGGCUGGCCACUGGAAACACCAGCCUGCCACCAAACGCCAGCCAGACACAGAGCCGUCCGCUGCCCGUCAACAACACGCAGGUGGCCGACAGAGACACCAGCGUGGAGUUUGGUCUGGUGGAGUGCUCCACAUGCACCGGCAGGACUGGCAAGAAGGUAGCACCAGAAACACACACACUGGUGAACAGGACUGCAUUCAACACCUUGCCAUUCAACACCUUGCUCAACACUUCACAUGCAAGUGUUUGGGAACACAAGAGAAUGCCACACUACAACACAAAAAAUGAGAAAAACAAUCAACAAAGAAUUACCUUAACACCUUGAAAAAGAUUUGCAGGUCAGAACUACCACCAAAAAACAAGACUACUGCCAGAAACCAGCUGGCAGUACCAGUAGUGACUUGUGGGUGUGGUGUGGUGUGGUGACUGGCCACAAGACUACUGCCACAAACCAGCUGGCAGUACCAGUAGUGACUUGUGGGUGUGGUGUGGUGUGGUGACUGGCCACAAGACUACUGCCACAAACCAGCUGGCAGUACCAGUAGUGACUUGUGGGUGUGGUGUGGUGUGGUGUGGUGACUGGCCACAAGACUACUGCCACAAACCAGCUGGCAAUACCACUAGUGACUUGUGGGUUUUAUAUAUAUAUAUAUAUAUAUAUAUAAAACCACAACAAAAAGACUUUGUUCUGUUUUGCAACAUUACCUCGCCUUGCUUCAAAAACACGAAAAUAGGAAAAUUAUAUAUAUGAGAGAGAGAGAGAGAGAGUUCUGAGCCAAUACCUACGAUAUAUAUAUUAGUGUGCGUCAUUUUAUUAGUGUUAGGCCUGUUUGUUAACUUCAUUUUGCUGGCCCCACAUUUGCAUCUAAUAGCUUCAUAUAUCACAACGCACAUUACAACACCCCUGACACACGUCUUAUACAACACCUCCUUCCCAAAACACCUUAAAAUCUGUCGUCUUAGCGCAAGCAUCCUGCAUCUAGCCUGACACCCCCCCAUAACUAUCGCCAACAUCAUUACACAAUUCCCAAACCUCAAAAUAAUCACACCAACACACACCAAAACUUCCCCAAAACACACUCAAACCACUGCAACACAAAUGUACGCGCGCGCCUACGUUUUAUAAACACACACACACACACACACACACACACACACACACACACACACACUGCAUAAGCAUAUGUACAACGAAAGACAAGGCAACACACACACACACACACACACACACACACACACACACACACACACACACACACAUACACACACACACACACACUGCAUAAGCAUAUGUACAACGAAAGACAAGGCAACACACACACACACACACACACACACACACACACACACACACACACACACACACACACACACACACACCUCGCCCGGUCCGUGCCACCAGACACCACAACAGAAUAACGCCCCUGAAGGCGCCGCGCACGGACCGGUACAGACUCAGUGCGAUUCCCACCAUGGUGAGAGCCAUCAAUCAAUAGUAUUUCCCUCCUAGAUUAGACUUACCUUUAGGAUUAAUGUUAAGUUUUUCCCCAUCCCCUAUGUACAUUUUCAGUUUGUCAACUGCCUAAAUAAUAAACCGUUUAUUAUUAUUAUUAUUAUUUACACACUGCAUAAGCAUCUGUACAGCGAAAGAUAAGGCAACACACACACACACGCACAAACACACACACACACACACACACACACACACACAUACACAUACACACACACACACACACACACACACACACACCAUCCUCUAUGCUUCCUCCUCCUCAUCAACGACGCCCUCACCGACACCCCCCAUCGCUGGAAGUAUGUGGACGACUGCACCGUGGGCGUCCCAGUUUCCACCAAGAACCCGGACUACUCGCCACUGCAAGCAAUUCUGGAGCGACUGCAGACGUGGACAGAGGAGAGCAGGAUGACCAUCAACCACAGCAAAACUGUGGUGAUGCAUUUCUGUACCUCCUCUGUACCAGUGCCCCCUCCUCGGCUCACAGUGGGCCCUCACCCCCUCCAGGUGGUCCAAUGUGCCAAGCUUCUCGGAGUCACGGUGGACGACCAGCUGACCUGGAAGCAGCAUGUCGCCAGCACCGUGAGAUCAGCUACCUACAGGCUGUACAUGCUGCGCAGACUCAGGUCGCUGGGGACGCCGACAGAUGAGUUAAGGGGGUGUACCUUACCUUCAUCCUCCCCAAACUCAUGUACGCCUCCCCAGCGUGGUCCUCCUCCCUCACACACACUCAACAGCUACAGUUGGAGAGUGUGCAGAAAAGGGCGUGCAGGGUCAUCCUUGGCCCUGCAUACACCACCUAUGAAGAAGCCCUGACCACCCUGAGUCUGUCCAGAAUAUCCACCAGGCACCGAGAGGCUCUGGAGAAGUUUGGGAGGGGACUAAUGCAUCAUCCGCGUCUCAGAAACAUGCUGCCGCCCGACGCGCCUCGCCCGGUCCGUGCCACCAGACACCACAACAGAAUAACGCCCCUGAAGGCGCCGCGCACGGACCGGUACAGACUCAGUGCGAUUCCCACCAUGGUGCGAGCCAUCAAUCAAUAGUAUUUCCCUCCUAGAUUAGACUUACCUUUAGGAUUAAUGUUAAGUUUUUCCCCAUCCCCUAUGUACAUUUUCAGUUUGUUAACUGCCUAAAUAAUAAACUGUUUAUUAUUAUUAUUAUUAAUUAUUACACACACACACACACACACACUGCAUCACCAUCAGUACAACGAAAGAUAAGGCAACACACACACACACACACACACACACACACACACUGGAUAACAAUCUGUACAACGAAAGACAAGGCAACACACACACACACACACACACACACUGCAUCACCAUUUGUACAACGAAAAAUAAGGCAACACACACACACACACACACACACACACACACACACACACACACACACACACACACACACACACACACACACACACACUGCAUCACCAUCAGUACAACGAAAAAUAAGGCAACACACACACACACACACACACACUGCAUAACAAUCUACAAUGAAAGACAAGGCAACACACACACACACACACACACACUGCAUCACCAUUUGUACAACGAAAAAUAAGGCAACACACACACACACACACACACACACACACACACACACACACACACACACACACACACACACAAACACACACA